AUGCUCGGCCCACGCGCAAUCCGCACGGCCAGGUCGGCGACCACAUUGCUGCGUCCCUUCAGUUCCUCGGCCGUGGCCUACCGUUCCCCCUCAAUUCGAGAUGUCACCCCCCAGUCCACUGAGGAAUUUCUCCGACGUCAGAAGGAGUUCCGGGAGAACUUGGAACAAGCUCGUGUGAGGAAAGAACAGCAAAGUAGUCAGUCUGUCAAUGCUUCCGCCUCUUCUACCCCUUCCCGUGAGUACGCUCCCACUGCUCCAGAAGUGAGCAAUGCGAGCAGUCAUGAUGUUCUCCAUUCGUUCGAUGCUGCUACGCCACUUGAUGAUCAGGAACUGGGCUCACUGUCGAUGCAUCGAUAUAUAGGGGAAGAACAACAACAAGAAGCUGCCGCCAAACGGGGCUCGUUCUCGUCGCUCAUCUAUGGCACCAAGGAGGGCCAGCACUUUGACAAGGACAUGGAACGCUCCUUCUCGCAGGUCCUCGCUCGCGGUAAAUACGUCCACUCCAUCGUCAUGCACGACGUCAAGCCCGACAAGGUCGAUGAAUAUGUAGAGCUGGUGGGCCAGUGGUAUCCUCGCAUGGCGGGCACCGAAGAGAACCGUGUCAACCUGGUUGGCAGCUGGCGCACACAGGUGGGCGACAACGACACCUUUGUUCACAUUUGGGAGUACCAACGGUACGAGGGUUACCACGCCUCCCUCCACAACAUCUCGGAACACCCCGAGUUCCGCGAGUUUGACCGCAAGCUCAAGAGCUUGAUCAAGAGCAAGAAGACCUCACUCAUGCAGGAAUUCUCCUUCUGGCCCACCACACCCCCUCGCCGCCUCGGCGGUCUGUUUGAGCUCCGGUCGUACACGCUGCACCCUGGAAACCUUCUGGAGUGGGAGACACACUGGCGCCGUGGCUUGUCCGCCCGCCGCGAAGUGAUGGAAGGUGUGGGCGCUUGGUUCGUGCAGAUUGGCGAGCUGAACACGGUGCACCACCUUUGGCAAUUUGCCAACCUGGAGGAACGCAAGAUCCGCCGCGAGGAAUCGUGGGGUGUCGAGGGCUGGGCCGAGACCGUCCACAAGACGGUGCCUCUGAUUCAGACCAUGCAGAGCCGAAUUCUCGUCCCCAUGCCCUGGAGCCCUGUUGGCUAA